AUGGCUGUCUAUUUGAUCGUAUUACGACGAGAUUCCGGACACACCUUAUUGAUUUGUUCUUCUAGUGUAUUCGUGCUACCAGAGCGCGAGAAACCAGGUAACUUUUGUUGCACGGUAUCCCCACCAGUGGAUGGUACUGUCCCAUUGGACAAGUCUGCUGCGCCACUACUUGUGGUUCCGAAUCCUGAUGAAGUCAGUUUGGGGAUAUUGCGAUUGGAAGCAACGGAGCCGCCACACUCGACCGCUGAAAGACCAGAGGUCCACUCUAGAAAGAAACUUGGAAGCGUUGGAGACACGACCCAUAACAGUCCCAGUUACCAAUAUGAAGCCGCCGCGCUCUAUUUCAGCUGGAACUGGGAGCUUGUUGUCGGCGAAACGGCUUACGAAAAACCUGGAACAGUUUGGUUGUUGAUCUGUUCGCUGAGCUUGGUAGUUGGAUCGCAACGUUUCAUCACCAUCGUCAGUGCAGGGGUACCCGUAGAAUAUAACCAUGGUCACCGUGACAUCGAACUCGAUAUCGAUAUCCAAUUCGUUUCAGACUACUAA